GAUAAAUUUAAUAGGUAUUGUCAACUAUUGAAUAUCUUUAUUAGUGAAAGUUAGGUUAUUUAUAAAGGGGAAUAUUAAAAUGGGAAAAAAGUUGGAAGAUGGGAUAUAUUUUAUAAGAACGAACAAAUGUAAAUAUUUUAAUAUUUUACAAUUUAUAUCUUUUUUUUCUAUGAUUAAUAGAGGGGGUGGAUAAUAUGAUAAUGAUUUAGUAAGAGAUCAGUACUUAGAUGAAUUAAUUGAUGGAUUUUAUGAGUAUUGUUAUUUUUAUUUAAAAGGUAUGGCUAAGUAAAUAUGAGUGGUGAAUAUGUCAAGGGUAAAUAAUUAGGAAUUUGGCAAUGGAUGUUUGGAAAUUAGAUGAUGUAAAUCUCAAAACUAUUAAAAAUUAAUUUUGGAAUGAAGAAAAAUAUUCUGAUUGACCUAUUUAAUUCAUAAUUCUUAUUUUAGAUUCAUAUACAAGACAUAUUUUAGAUUCAUAUACAAGACAUAUUUUAGAUUCAUAUAAAAUAAUGUUUUCUAAUUUUCAAAAUAAAAAUAAUUAAGUAUCGUUCUUUAUUCAUUUUCAACAUCUAAACUAUUUGA